AUCGUCGUUCUAUGAUCCACUAUGGAUAAGAAGCUCCAGUCUCCGACUCCUGCGAAAGACCCUAAAUUAGAGAUGGAGGGUGAGACUGGGCAGAAAUCUGAAACCGAACCCUCGAACAAGUCCCGAGACGAGAACAUGAACAUAGGAUUCAUCGGGGCGGGCAACAUGGCCAAGGCGAUCGUCAAAGGCCUGCUCGACAGUUACCCCGGCGACAGGAUCUUCAUAUCGGCUCCAACGGAUCGGAAUCUCGCGUUUUUCCAAAAACUCAAGUGUCGAACCACCCACAACAACAACGACAUUGUGUCCCAGUGCCAAGUCGUGUUCCUCUGCGUGAAACCGUCUCAGUGCGAGUUGGUGAUUCGGGAAGUGACCAGUUGGCAGAACAAACUCAUAAUUAGCGUGUUGGCCGGUAUACCGCUCGAGCGACUCUCCCGUAUGAUGAAGGAGGAUCCGCCUCCGAAACUGAUCCGUUGCGCUCCGAAUACGCCGAUGAUGGUCUCGAGAGGAGUCUGCUGUAUAUCCCCAGGCGCAGGCGUGCCAGUUCAGGACACACAACUAGCGCUCGAAUUGCUGAAGCCGAGCUGCUUAGUUGUGAAGACGGUCCCCGAAUCGCAGCUCGAUGCGAUUUGCGCGCUCUCGGGUAGCGGGCCCGCCUUCCUUUACAUGGUGAUCGAAGCGCUUUCGGACGGUGCUGUCAAAAUGGGUCUUCCGAGGGAUCUCGCCAUCGAACUCGCAGCCGCCACGGUCGAAGGCUCCGCUAGGAUGGUCACACACACGGGUUACCAUCCAGGACAACUCAAGGAUGCGGUCGCCUCUCCUGGCGGCACCACCAUCUGUGGGAUCCACGUGCUGGAGAAAGGCGCCGUACGUGCUCUGUUCAUGGACGCCAUCGAAGCGACUACUAAGAAAAGUUUGCAGUUAAGAGGAAGUCAAUAGAUUCAUCUCUCAACUCUCGAUGUUCCGGAGAAGACAACGUUGCAUUCCUCAAGAACUUCCCGGAAUAAGAUCUUGUCAACGUGGUUCCAUCUUCGACUUCCCGAGCUCAGGUCCUUUUGAUCGUGAGCUCAAACUCUCUGUAAUCACUAGUAAUCUCAUAUCUAGUUGAGAGUCGACUCCACUAAUUGCUCACAUGUUGUCUUGUGGAAUAUUGGAGUCCCGUUGAACGUUUUCUGAUUGAAUAUACGGGUCCGCUGAGCUCCUUCAGCGCGUUGAAGUUCUUGUGCUCAAAAUCUGAAUGAAUAUGAUCUACAUAGCAGGAAAA